AUGAGUUCCCUACCUCUCGACCCGGGCGUCCUCACCCUGACCUAUGCGGACGAUAUUGCCUUCUUCUCCAGCUCUCUAUCGCUGCAUACGCUACGUGAGAAACUGCAAGAAUAUCUCCUCGCGCUGUCAUCCUGGAUGCGUUCCGUCCACCUCACGUUGAACGUCCAGAAAUCUGCAGUCCUGGUGUUCCCCCAGACCAACUGGACUGGAGGAGCUGUGACCAUCAUUCUGGAUGUUGCCGGCCAGACCAUUCGCCAGACCAACCUGCUGCGCUACCUAGGCGUCUGGUAUGAUCACAUGCUCCACUGGGACCAUCAUGUGGAAGUCAUAAGCCAGAAGGCUUCGAAAGCAAUUGGCACAAUCCUCCGCAGCGCCAGCGCCCGCUGUGGUAUGCGCAGGAGCACCCUGCUCUUCCUGUACAAGUGCUACGUACGGCCAAUUCUUGAGUUUGGGUGUGUCGUCUUCUCGCACCUCCCCGACUACCGUCUGAGCAGGCUAUUCGCCGUAGAAAGGAGAGCCCUCCGCCUGUGCAUGGGCCUCCCCAAGUACACGGCCAACCAGGCGCUGUAUGCCGAAGCCCGCAUUCCCCCUCUGAAGACUCGGUUCCGCCUACUCACUGUGAACACCUUCCUCUCGCUCUGCCAGAGCCCAUUAGCCUCCAGACAGAACCAGUCUCUCAGGGAUCGGGCCCAGUGGAUCGCCCGGAGGUGGCGAAAAUCCAACACCCCGCAGCUCGUCUUUGUCGAAUCCCUUCUAGCCUCGCUGAAUACUUCUCUGACUGCCCCUCCUGCGCCCAUCUGUCCGGUCUCGUCCAUGGCCCUGCGAGUUGCCGACGCGUUCCAGCCCGGCGUUGCCUACGCUCCGUCUCCCCGGCUUGAAGCCCUCCUCUCGGCGCACAUCAACCAGUUCCCAUCUCACGUUGUUGUCGCGACAGAUGCCUCGGUCUCGGCUCAGCUAGCGGGUGCCGGCGUCGUCUUCCCUCAGCUCGACUGUCACUGCCCCAUCCGCCUCCCUGACUACACUCCCGUGUUCGAGAGCGAACUCCUCGCCAUGAUACUGGCUCUCAGAAUGGCGCCCCUUACAUUUCCCAGGAUCCUGCUUUUGUCCGACUCCCUGUCGGUCAUCACUGCCCUAGCCAGCCCCCCCAGCGAGUGGCUCGAGCUCCUGCAGGCCCUGAGUCCUAGCCACAUCACGGAGGUGGUCCUGACAUGGAUUCCUGGGCACUGUGGCCUAUCUCCCAACGAGUUGGCGGACAACCUUGCAAAAAUUUCCCUCUCCGGCCCUAUCAUUGACGUCCUUCCGCCCCUGCCCUCUAUCACGCGGGCCAGGUAUAGAAGGCUGCUGGAGCUGACCGCUCUCCGCUCUCUGCCAGCCCGGUACGCCCAUCUUUCCCACGCUUGGCAGGCUGACCGCUGCGUCUCCCGUCAUGUAGAAGUCUUGCUGACUCGACUGCGCUGUCUAGCCCUUCCACUGAACUUUUACCUGCACCGCGCGGGUGUCAGCCGCUCUCCUGCGUGCGUCCACUGCGGUCAAGAGGAAACUGUAGAGCACUUUCUCCUGCACUGCCCCCUCUACGACCGCUCCCGCCUUAUCUACCUUGCCCAGCCGCUGGCUAGACAAGGGGUUCCCCUCUCCCUGGACGCCAUCCUGUCAUUUGGAGCCUCCCACACCGAAAAGUGGCGGUUUGAAAUAGCGUCGAGAGCCGCCGCCUUUCUGACCAUCUGCGGCCGCUUCUGA